GUCUGUUUCAGAAAAUAGUAUAGUGAAACACAGGGAAAUUAUAAUGCAGUAUAUAUGAGUAGCUGUGUUUCUCAUGGACUAUUUUUCAGGUCCUCCUGUGAAUGUCACCAUCAACCUGUUCAUCAACAGCUUUGGGUCCAUCACAGAAACCACUAUGGACUAUCGGCUCAAUGUGUUUCUACGGCAACAAUGGAAUGACCCACGACUAGCCUAUAAGGAGUACCCUGACGACUCUCUGGACCUGGAUCCUUCCAUGUUGGACUCCAUCUGGAAACCUGACCUUUUCUUUGCCAAUGAAAAAGGGGCAAACUUUCACGAAGUCACCACAGACAACAAACUGCUGCGGAUAUUUCAAAAUGGGAAUGUCCUCUACAGUAUCAGGUUAACUCUGAUCCUGUCCUGCCCUAUGGAUCUGAUGAACUUCCCUAUGGACAUUCAGACAUGCUCUAUGCAGCUGGAAAGCUUUGGCUACACCAUGAAUGACCUGUGUUUCCAGUGGCUGGACAUUGGCCCUGUGCAGGUGGCUGAUGACCUGAUGCUUCCUCAGUUUGUGUUGAAAGAGGAGAAAGACUUGGGCUGCUGCACCAAACACUACAACACAGGUAAAUUUGCCUGCAUCGAGGUAAAGUUCCACCUGGAGAGACAGAUGGGUUACUACCUGAUCCAGAUGUACAUCCCCAGCCUGCUAACUGUCAUCCUCUCCUGGGUCUCCUUCUGGAUCAACAUGGAUGCUGCCCCAGCUAGAGUGGGCCUUGGUAUCACCACAGUGCUCACCAUGACAACACAAAGCUCUGGGUCCAGGGCAUCCUUGCCUAAGGUAUCUUAUGUGAAGGCCAUUGAUAUCUGGAUGGCUGUGUGUCUUCUUUUUGUGUUCGCUGCACUGCUGGAGUAUGCAGCAGUAAACUUUGUCUCACGACAGCACAAAGAGUUCUUCAGACUGAGGAAAAAGAUCAAAGAACAACAGCGGCAGAGAACUGUGAGUACAAGACCCUGUGCAGCCCACUCCCUCAGGCUGCUGUCACCUGCUAUUCCCUCUAGGCCCUGUUAUGCAGCAGCAACACAGUUCAGCUGGCUGUCGUAUCAUGCUGGGAGAUCCACAGACCUGUUCUGAAUUCAAGUCAUUUUCUUCCUUC